AUUCGCUCCAGGCGACGCUUUCAGCGACGGCGACAGUUCACUUCCAGCAGCCAUCGAGCUUAGCCAGCAGCAAAGACAGUCAGCAGUUUUUAAGUUUAGCUUUCGCCGAAAAAAAGCUUCAUCAUGAGGGAAAUUGUGCACUUACAAGCCGGCCAAUGUGGAAACCAAGUUGGUGCCAAAUUUUGGGAAGUAAUUUCCGAAGAACACGGUAUAGACCCCAGCGGUGUUUACAUGGGUGACAGCGAUUUGCAAUUGGAAAGGAUUAGCGUCUACUACAAUGAAGCCAGCGUUGCUUCAAGUACAAGUGGUGGAAAAUAUGUUCCAAGAGCCAUACUCCUCGAUCUGGAACCUGGUACCAUGGACGCUGUCCGAUCAGGAAAAUACGGUAAACUAUUUAGACCGGAUAAUUUUGUGUUUGGACAAUCAGGUGCCGGUAAUAAUUGGGCCAAAGGACACUAUACAGAAGGAGCUGAACUCGUAGAUGCAGUACUAGAUGUAGUUAGGAAAGAAGCUGAAAACUGUGAUUGCUUACAAGGUUUCCAACUUACACACUCACUGGGAGGUGGUACCGGAUCCGGUAUGGGAACGUUAUUGAUCUCUAAAAUCCGUGAAGAAUAUCCAGAUAGAAUCAUGAAUACAUAUUCAGUAAUGCCUAGUCCAAAAGUCUCCGACACAGUGGUAGAACCAUACAAUGCCACACUGUCAGUACAUCAACUUGUAGAAAAUACUGAUGAAACUUAUUGUAUCGACAACGAAGCUCUCUACGACAUUUGCUUUAGGACUUUGAAAGUACCCAAUCCAAGUUAUACGGAUUUGAAUCAUCUAGUUUCUUUGACAAUGUCCGGAGUUACCACAUGUCUUAGGUUCCCUGGUCAACUAAAUGCUGAUCUGCGUAAACUAGCCGUUAACAUGGUACCAUUCCCGCGUUUGCAUUUCUUCAUGCCAGGAUUUGCACCUUUAACAUCCAGAGGAAAUCAACAGUACAGAGCUCUGACAGUGCCAGAACUUACUCAGCAAAUGUUUGAUGCUAAGAAUAUGAUGGCUGCCUGUGAUCCUAGACAUGGAAGGUAUCUUACCGUAGCUGCAGUGUUCAGAGGUAGAAUGUCAAUGAAAGAAGUAGACGAACAAAUGCUGGCGGUACAAAACAAAAAUAGUAGCUACUUUGUCGAAUGGAUUCCGAACAACGUAAAAACUGCCGUAUGUGACAUUCCACCCGUUGGUCUUAAGAUGUCCUCAACAUUUAUAGGAAACACUACAGCCAUCCAAGAACUCUUCAAACGUAUCUCAGAACAGUUUGCCGCUAUGUUCAGAAGAAAAGCUUUCCUACAUUGGUACACUGGCGAGGGUAUGGACGAAAUGGAAUUCACAGAAGCUGAAUCCAAUAUGAAUGAUCUGGUCUCGGAGUAUCAACAAUACCAAGAAGCCACUGCAGAAGACGAUUAUGAAGCUGAAGAGGAACCUGCUGGCGAUGACUUUAACUGCCAAUAGAUUUGUUCACAUACUAUUCAAAUGAAAUUUAACUUAUUUUUUGUUAGUUUUAAAUUAUUAUUAUCUGAUGUUUUAUCAUGGGGACCAGAGGAGCCUAAUAUUACCAUUGCCUGCUAUAUCCAAAAAAUAAAUUAAGUGCCUUUUAGGUGUAUCUUUUAUAAUAUAUUAUAAGGCCUUUUUCAUAAAAAAUCAUUCAUUUUUCCUUUUACUUUGGCCCAAAGAAUAAUUAGUUUUUAAUAUCUUCACUGAAAUUGAUGAAGUGUGCGAUUAAAAUUACUCUUUAGAUAGUAAGUAGGUACUUAUAAUCGCAUUCUAUAUUAUAAUAUACCUUUUGGUAGGCACCUUUAGAGUGUUAGAAGCUAGUCUGAAAUUUUCUUCAAUAUUACUUAUAAUGUUUAUUGCUAAUUUUGUCUAUUUAUUUAAGUGUUUUUAUAAUUUUAUAAUUUUCACACUGUUUUGGGCGGAAUAUUUUCAAAAUGUACGUUUUCAUAAAUCUCAUUCGUUUUGUAUUUCUGAUGUAGUUUUUAAAAAUAAAGACUGAGUUUUGCAGUAAAAAUUAUAUUUCUUUCACAUGCAAAUA